AUCAGUCACAACCAUUGAUACAAGAAAAUAAAAGAAAAAGAAAAAAAAUAGAGAGCAUACAUACAUUGAGUUUGAAAAAAUGGUGGCUACUGUGGCAGGUAUAAGAGUCGAAAGCUUGGCCAGCAGCGGCCUUGAAUCGAUUCCAAAAGAGUACGUAAGGCCGCAAGAAGAGCUCACUAGCAUCGGCAACGUAUUCGAGGAAGAGAAGAAAGAGGAAGGGCCUCAGGUUCCCACAGUGGACUUGAAAGACUUGGUGGCGGAGGACAAGGAGGUGAGGGAGAGGUGCCGCGAGGCGUUGAAGAAGGCGGCGACAGAGUGGGGGGUGAUGCAUUUGGUGAACCACGGGAUACCGGAUGAGCUGAUGGAGCGAGUGAAGGCGGCCGGAGAAGGGUUUUUUAACCAGCCUGUGGAGGAGAAGGAGAAGUAUGCAAAUGACCAUGAUUCUGGAAAUAUUCAAGGGUAUGGAAGUAAGUUGGCUAAUAAUGCUAGUGGUCAACUUGAGUGGGAAGACUAUUUCUUCCACCUUGUCUUCCCUGAAGACAAGCGUGACAUGUCCAUUUGGCCUAAGACACUAUCCGACUAUAUUCCGGCAACAAGCGAGUACGCAAAGCAACUACGAGGUCUAGCAACAAAAGUCCUGUCGGCCCUCUCACUCGGCUUGGGACUAGAAGAAGGCCGACUAGAAAAAGAAGUAGGAGGCAUGGAAGAGCUUCAUCUCCAAAUGAAAAUAAACUAUUACCCAAAAUGCCCUCAACCAGAGCUCGCCCUCGGCGUCGAAGCCCACACCGACGUCUCUGCCCUCACCUUCAUCCUCCACAACAUGGUUCCCGGCCUGCAACUCUUCUACGAGGGCAAAUGGGUCACUGCCAAAUGCGUCCCCAACUCCAUUAUCAUGCACAUUGGUGACACCGUAGAAAUUCUCAGUAACCGCAAGUACAAGAGCAUUCUCCAUCGUGGACUCGUUAAUAAGGAAAAAGUGAGGAUUUCGUGGGCGGUUUUCUGCGAACCACCCAAGGAGAAGAUCAUUCUGCAGCCACUCCCGGAGACAGUGACGGAGGAGGAAAUGAAUGAAUGA